AUGUCAGGUACAUCCGUGGACGAUGCCGCGUCAUCCCUCGUCGCAUCAUGGGAGAACAAUAUCUCUCGAACCUCGGUCAAGGCCGUAGGAAUCCAAAUUGCGUUGAUGUCCGGUAUCUCGCUCGCGACUGUACUCGCAUUCUCAUUCUUUCGACCAAGGGAGAAAAAGGUGUAUGCACCAAAGGUCAAUCCACACGACGAUCCAGACUAUGAGCCCCCUCCGCCUACCAUUUCCAACUCAUUCUGGGCUUGGCUCAGUCCCAUUGUCCAUCUAAAGGAGGAGCAGACGACAGCCAAUGUUGGUCUCGACGCAGCGACGUUUUUGCGUUUCCUCCGCCUUUUACGCUACGUAUUCUCCGUCAUCUCUGUCAUCGGAGCUGGACUCCUCGUUGUCAACAUUAUCUACAAUCUCAAAUAUGUUGAUUCCAACAAGCGCAACUUUAUGAACCUGUUGACAAUCACCAAUGUCCGAGGCGCUUGGGUCUGGCCAUCAGUCGCUGCGAGCUAUCUCUUCAACUUUGUCGUCAUGUACUUUUCAUGGCGAAACUGGACAGCCAUGGUGAUGCUCCGACAUCGAUGGUUCAGAUCGCCAGCUUAUCAAACAAAAAUCUACUCGCGAACCUUGAUGAUCACCCAGAUCCGUAAAGAUUAUCGAUCAGACGCAGGACUCGUCGCGCUCAUGGGACUGCUCAAAGUCGACGGCAUCAAAAUUGGUCCAGAAAUCGACUGCGCCACCAUUGGAAGGAGAAUCGGUGAUUUUCCAGAACUCGUGGAUGAGCAUAACGAGGCAGUCGCGGAUCUAGAGAAAAACUUGGUCAAAUAUCUUGGAUCUGGCAAAGUGGCCGCUAAACGGCCGACGAUUCGCAAGGGAGCGUUCUUGGGUAUUCUCGGCGGUCAGAAAUACGAUGCUAUCGACUACUACGCCAAACAGAUCAAGUUUCUGCGUGAGAAGGUUGACACUCAGCGUCAGCACAUUGAAUCGCUGAGAAAAGAGCAAAAACGAUCACGAAAGGGCGGCAUGGAUCAUCGGAUCGAGGGUGAAAAUUAUGGUUUCGUCACAUUCAAAACAAUCUCUGAAGCGCAUCGCAUCGCUCGAGCGCAUCACGGGAAGCUCAAGGAGCUGCACGGCGCGAGACUUCAAUUGGCCCCAAUGCCUCAGGAUAUCGUUUGGCAAAAUUUGAGAAGGGAGCCGGGACAAGUCGCUUCCAGGACUCAGUUUGGCUUCUUCAUUAUUGGCAUCGUGUGCUUCCUCAACACGAUUCCGCUUUUGGUCGUCUCGUUGUUGGCCAAUUUGAGUAGUUUGACUGUUUUCGUCCCUUUCCUGGAGUCGUGGAGUCAGGCUGGACAAUGGGGUAACUGGACAUUUUCUUUGGUCUCUGGUGUACUGCCUUCGGUCAUUUCGUUCAUCUUUGGCUAUCUCUUGCCGAUUAUCAUUCGACGGAUCAGCAAAUAUCAAGGCGCUCCCACUCGCUCCCGAUUGGACCGCGCGACGACUGCUCGAUACUUUGCUUUCAUCAUCAUUUCCAACUUGAUCAUCUUCUCUCUUUUGGGAGUACUCUACAAUACUAUCACCCAGGUGGUUCUCGAGAUUGGUCGUCACACGUCUGCCAAGGAAGUCUUUGAGUCGUUCAAGGAAAUCCCAUACCAGAUCCAAAACACCUAUGUCAUUCAGAGCACCUAUUGGCUCACCUGGCUUCCCCUUCGAGGUUUCCUAGUCAUCUUCGAGUUGAUCCAAUUAAUCAAAUUGGCUUUGGUCUCGAUCCGCCGGUUCAUGUUCAGUCAUACCCCGCGAGAUAUCCGAGAGAUGACCAAGCCAGGUUACUUUGAUUACCCUGUCGUCAUUGUCAACUUGCUUUACGUCUGUGCCAUCGGAAUGAUUUACGCACCCCUGGCACCUCUGGUGGCGAUGGGUGCUUGCAUUGUCUUUUGGUUCUCGUCUGCCGUCUACAAAUACCAACUUCUUUACGUCUGGAUCUCUCGCGCUGAGAGUGGCGGUCGAAUGUGGAAUGUCUAUGUCAAUAGACUCUUGGCAUGCUGUGUGCUCAUGCAGUUACUCAUGAUUCUGACCACGGGUCUGGUCCGCCGUCGAUGGCUCGAUACAAUUGCCGCUGCUCCUCCUGUGCUCCUGAUCUUCGCCUUCAAAUUCUGGAUCAAGCGAGUCUAUGGGAACAAGUUCCGAUACUAUGAGCCGACUCCUCAGGAAGCUGAGGCUGAGCGAAGAUCAUCUAUGAACGAGAAGCGCACUCGUGCGUCCGAUGUCGAAAAGCGAUUCCUUCAUCCUGCUUUGCAGCACGACAAGCUGUUCAAGAUUAUGGUGCACAAGAAGACCGAAGACGCUGCGAGGGAAGUGCUGAGCGCCUACCCGUGGUUCGGGGACAAGUAUGACUCUGGAUUCAUUAAGAUCAAGGGUGUCAGAGAGGUGAGCUCAUGGGAAGGGUAUAUGAGCUGA